CAUCGGGCGAGAGAUAUGGAAGCGCUAAUAGCCUCAUACGCAGACGAUUCUUCUGACUCCGAUUCCGACUCCAAUCCCACCCCUCCACAGCCGCCGUCAGCUUCGACAUCACUGGCCCCUCUUCCCCCGCCUCCUAUUUCACUUCUUCAACCGCCCAACUGUUUUGUUCCCUUGGACUCCUUGCCUAGUAGUCAAGUCAAUCGCGUUCGAAGCUUUCCUCACAUUGAAGGCAAUUAUGCUUUACAUGUCUACAUCCCAGUUUAUAUACCAUCUGCAACAAGGAAGGGGCUGGCCAGUUUUCUGAAGAAGGUCACAGCUAUUGUACCUACUCUACAUGCUGUGGAUGUUGAUGUACCAUUGAGUGGUUUGUUGAAAGAUGAAGCACUGCUUGAAAAAGUGGUGUUGGGUAGAGAGUUUCACAUUAGUUUGGGAAGAACUGUUCCUCUCCGCGUGCAUCAGAUUAAUUCCGUGGUCUCCAUGCUUCGACAGAGGCUUCAGUUUCAGAGGAGGUAUUUGAUAGAUUUUAACAAAUGGGAGAUCUUUGUCAAUGAUGAUUCAACUCGCACAUUCAUGUCACUGGAAGUUGUAGAAGGAGGCUUAGAACAGAUAAGAAAGCAAAUCCAAGCUGUUGAUGAAGUCUACAAACUACAUAACCUUCCGGAAUUUUACAAGGAUCCACGCCCUCACAUCUCAAUAACUUGGGCAUUGGGGAAUAUCAGGGACACCCUGAAGAGAAUGGUGGAAGAAGAGAUGAAGAAAUACGAAGUGGGUUCAAGUUCACGGCAGAAAUGUAUUUUCACAAGCAAAUUCACUGGCAUUUUGUGCAAAAUAGGCAACAAGAUGCAUGAAAUCUGCAAGUUUCAGGAAGAAUAACAAUUGUUUAUAGAUUCCUAGUUAACCUUUUCGACUAUGCAUCUCCCAGAAGGCUAAUUAGAAGGACUUGUUAUUGUAAAAAGUCGAACUGAGCAAAAAGGAAAAAGGCAACGAUUGUUGAUAGGUUUGUCGUUUCAAUGAAGAUAACAAGAGAGAGGCUCACUCUGUUCUAGAAUCUCUGUCCAAUAUGAGCUGAAAGAAGAUAACAAGUGAUGAGUGCAUAUUCCAGGUCCCAGCAUAUCAAUGAUGUACUAACUCGUAAAAAGGUUCGACUUGUCUAAUUUUAUGAGUUCUAUUAGAUUCAUCAUUUGAGAAAAAAAUUAUGUGAGUGAGCCCUUAAAAUGUUAUUUAUGUUCUAUUAGAUGCAUUUUGGACAAACUUUAAGCUACAUA